AUUAAAAGGGGCCGGGGCGGCGGCGAGAGGCGCGGAUGGAGGACGGCGUUGGUGCUCUCGGCUCCACCCAGCACUGGACCGUGGCGUUCCGACGCACGCACCCGCGACUCCGAUGUCAUACUGGCGGACGCAGACGUCUCUCUCCCUCGGAUCCGAUGCCGCCAUGCCCUAGGGGUUUCCAUCGGUCCACGACCUGCGCAACUUUCAUCUUUCGUCGACUGGGUCACCAUCAGAACCUAAUAUUUCGUCUUUCAUCGAGUGGCACUGGCAUGGAAGACGAGAGAUGGUUGUCGAUGAAAGAUUAGAGAUGGUUUGUGCAAUGGCAUUGUAACUUGUACAUAUGCUACCAUAUUCCUUUAGGCUGAAGGGGAAGAAGAUGCAGAGCGUUGACGGGGAAGAGAUUGGUGUUCGUGGGCGACUCGCUGAACCGCAACACGUGGGAAUCGCUGCUCUGCAUCCUGAGGCACCCUCUGAAGAGGAAGCACCGCGUUUUGGAGGUGUCCGGGAAGGAGGAGUUCGGAACCGACAAUUCGUGAGCUUUUCGAUUCGAAGCAUGCAGUGCUGCACCUCCUUCACGGAUAUCAUCCAUCUUCCCUUCUCUCUUUGUUGGCGGUGAAACACUCUGCCGCCAUUCGCAAGAGGUAACUUCGUCGAUGAACCCCACAUUCAUCAUGAAAUUUCAUUAAGGAAGGAGAAGAGCAUGAAGCUCUGCUGCGACGCUUCCUUGUUUGCUUCCUUGUAUGACCGUAGAUUCAUCCUUUCUCCCUUCUCAUUACGUUUUGUUCUUCUCCUCCCCUCUUCCUUUCAUUCGUUUUGUCCUGACCUUAUCUUACUGAGUUCGAUUGCAGAGAAUAAGUAAGUCGGUUCAUCCGGAGGCCACGUGGAUCAGGACUACUUCUUUGGAAGCCUAAGCAAUCUGUUAACACAGCCACUUUCUGCUUAAAGCUCCAUAUCUCUGCCUGUUUGAUUAUGUAAUGUUUUUUCCUCAGAUUUACAGAGGACGCAAGAAGGAUUUUUGCAUUUAGUGGAUUAUGCAAUCAGUUUCAUUUCUUAUGACCGCAUAGGAGUGAGGUUUAUCUGACUUCCAGUCUCCAUUUACUGGGCAGAGAGCUUUUGCAAGCUCCAAGAGUGGUGUAACUUUGACAUGGCGAUGGAAGAUUCAGUUCGAAAAGUGGUUUGAUCUGUGUGCUAUAGGCGCUAGAGGAGCUGAAGCGCUUGUUUCCUGAAGUUUUCAAUGAUUUGUUUCAGCGGUUGGAAAGAAAGAUGAAUGAGAAACCGAAGCAUGUGAUUCCUCAAAUUUUAAAUCAAACUAACAAUAUCAUGCCUCAGCAAGCGAACGGGGUGAUUGCUCACAAUAGUCAGUUGCCAAGAUCCAUGCCUACGGAAGACGUCCAGCCAGCAUCAGACUUGCAACUUGCCUUCACAAAGAAACUCUUACUUCCAAGCUUCAGCGAAGAUGCGAUCAAAGACGAGGAUCAUAAUCAUCUCCAAGUGUCACUCGAGCAAUUCAAACAUGAUCAGAGGUGUGUUUUUCCGCUUCACUCACCUAUCGAAGUAGAAAUAGUGGUCCUCGAUGGAGGUUUCCCCAGAGAAAAAAGUCAGGACUGGAACACUGAUGAGUUCAAUAGCAGCAUAUUAGAAAAACGGGAGAAUAAGAGAUCAUUGCUUCUGGGAGAGAGCAAGGCUCCAUUAAGUCAAGGCAUAGCUUCCUUUGGAACACUUAAGCUCACUGAUAACUCGAGUCGGGUAAGGACCGGGAAAUUUAGACUAGGAGUCAGAGUUUCUCCGGGCAGCUAUAAAGGACCAAGGAUUAAAGAAGCGAUAACAGAAAGUUUCCUGGUUUUAGACCAUCGAAGCAAAUUCAAUCAGAAGUCUCAUCCCCCAUCUCUUGAUCACGAAGUAUGGAGGCUAGUCAAUAUUGGCAGGAACGGAGCAUUUCAAAGGAGGCUGGAUGUUGCUGGAAUUAAGACCGUGCAAGAUUUCUUGAAGCUCUCGGUUGUCGAUCAGCAACACCUCCGAAAGACUAUAAAGAUGUCAGACAAGAAGUGGGAAGAAACAAUAGGACAUGCAAGGACCUGCAGACUGGGAGAUGAUUUAUACUUGUAUGAUAAACCUCCUUUCACUGUCAAGUUGAAUCCUAUUUGCGAAGUUGUUGAAGUCAGGAAGAACGGCGUGAGCAUCGCUCUUACACAGCUCGCUUCAGAAGAGACAGUCCAGCAUGCUACUGAGGCAUACCAAAAUUGGAACCGGUUGGAGAGAGUUCCGGGGACGCCUUCUAUGAUUGGAGCACAAAAACAGAGUAAUUCUAUCAAAAAAUGUGGACUAGAAUCCGAUGAACCAAGGUGUAGUAAUCCGCUAGAUGGGUCUCAGAGGGAGCUGUCCGCCGGCAAUGUGACUCCACCACUCGGAGCUUCUGUGUGUGUUCUUGAACAGCUUCCUUCACCGCAGAGAGCCGGUGCAGAAAACCAAAACUGGAACCCAUCGGACUCCGAUGGAGGAACCAUGGAAGCGCAACAACAAAGUGAUCAUUUUGGCGACCUAGGUAGAUCAGCCGCAUUGUGGAGUCCCAGCUCGCAAUUGGCAUGGAGUCCAAACAUGUUUUGCGGCACCGGAGAAUCCCCAGGUGAAACAAUAAUAGGAGAUAUUUGGCAAUAGGAAAAGCUGACCUGUGGAUUAUGAUGUUAUUUGAUUUUGUACAAAUUUCCAGCGUCAAAACGUUAUAUGUUCUCACCGACGCUUCUCAUCAUUCAAUGAGUCG